AUGAGAUCUUUAUUUUGUAAUAUAUUGAAUCAUGUUGGUAUUAAAUUAAAAAUUUACAUUACAUUAUCGUUUCUGUUGUUAUAUUUAAAUAUAUGUAUUUGUAAGACAAAUAAAAUUUUAACUUUUAGAUCUAUUAAUAAUAAUUUCUUUAUAUAUCAAAAUAAUGUAAACUUUUUAAAGAAACAAUUCCUUUUAAGAAAAAUAAAUGAAAAACAAAAUAAAAGUUCUAUUUAUCUGAACCAUGAAACGAAUGAUAAAACAAACAACAAUGGUGAAAUAUAUAAUAAUAUAGAUCAUAUAAAAAGAGACUCAAUAAAUGAUGUAGAUAAUAUUAAAUAUUAUGAAAAACCAAAUGAUGAUAAUAUAAUAGAUGACAAAGAAAAAAAAAAAAUUGAAAGUACAAAUGAUAAAAAUGAGUUUUCUCAUUUUGAUGAAAUAAAUAAAAAUAUUGUAAAUUAUUUAGAAAGCAAGGGAAUAAAAUAUAUGACAAAAAUUCAGUCUCAAAGUUUUAAUCCUAUAUAUAAUGGAAAAGAUAUAAUAGGAAGAUCAGAAACGGGUUCAGGAAAAACAUUAGCUUUUGCUUUGCCAUUAGUAGAGAAAUUACAUAAAAUGAAAACAGAAAAAGUAAAAAAUGAAAUAACUGAAGGAGAUGAGGAAUAUAAAUUUGAAAGUAAAAACCCCGUUAUAUUAGUACUAGAACCAACUCGAGAAUUAUCCAAACAAGUAGAAAAUACAUUUAAAGAAAUAAGUCAAUUUUAUAAUUUUAAUAUAAUAUCUAUAUAUGGUGGAGAAAAUUAUACAUAUCAAGAAAAGAGAUUAAGAAAAGGAAUUGAUAUUUUAACUGGAACACCUGGGAGAAUAAUUGAUCAUAUAGAAAGAAAAAAUUUAUCUUUAAAAAACAUAAAAUUUCUUGUUUUAGAUGAAGCUGAUGAAAUGUUGAAUUUAGGUUUUACUCAUGAUAUUGAAAGAAUAUUGAGUCAUAUAAAUUUAAAAGAAGCUCAAAUAUUAUUAUAUUCUGCGACUACUCCAUCAUGGAUAAAGGAUAUCUCUUCAAAAUAUUUGAAAAAUCCUUUUUGUAUUGAUGUAGUUGAUUCAUUUAAUAAAACUUCAAAAAAUAUAAACCAUAUAGCAAUAAAAACUCCAUAUGAUAUAAAAGAAAAAGCUUUACUAUUAGAAGAUCUUAUUUUAGUUAAAUCAAAUGGUGGCCAAGUUAUUAUCUUUACAAGAACUAAAUUAGAAGCAGAUAUUUUGUGUUCAGAAGGAUCUUUUAAAUCUUUGACUUUCUCUGUUUUACAUGGAAAUAUUGCACAAUCGACGAGAGAAUACACAAUGCAAAGAUUUAGACAAGGAAUGUUUCAGAUUUUAAUUGCAACUGAUAUUGCUUCAAGAGGAUUAGAUAUAAGUAAUGUUGAUUUAGUUAUACAAUGUUUCCCUCCUAAUUACUCUUCUAUAUAUAUUCAUAGAGCAGGAAGAACUGGAAGGGCUAAUAAAAAAGGAACAUCUUUAGUUUUAUUUUCAAAUGAAGAUAAGCAUGAUUUACUAAAAAUAGAAAAAAGUUGUGGUAUAAAAUUUAAUAUAGAAACGUUACCAAGUAAUGAAGAUGUUUUUUUAUGUGCUUCUAAUUUAGCAUCUAAAAGAAUUGAUAGUGUGAAUAAAAAUGUUUUGCCUUUUUUUCAUAAAACUGCACAAGAUAUUAUUAAUAAAUGUAAUUCAACACAAAUAGAUCAAAUAGAAUUGAUAUCAAGAUGUUUGGCUGUUAUAACCAAAAAAGAUCAUAUAAAAAAAAGAUCUUUAAUUAGCGGAUUAUCUGAAACUAUCACUUUGUGUUUCAUCAAUAAAAGUAGAAAAUGGAGAAAUGAAGAUGACAUUAUUUACUGGAUAAAUAAAAUCUCAAGUGAAUUAAAUGUAAAUACAUUCAAUAAAGUUCUUCAAGUAAAAAUAGACAAUAAAGAUAGAAGUUCCUCUUUUUUUGAUCUAAAUGAAAAUUUAGCACAAUUACUUAUUCAAAAUUUUAAAAGUAUGUCAAAAAAUGAAUAUAGAAAAAUCCUUGAUUUAUUUGUAGCUCAAAAAAUACCUGAAUAUAUAAAUUUAUCAUCUGAAGAAACCUUUCGUAGAUAUCAAAAUAAUAAAAAAAGUUAUUCUUAUAGAAAAAGAAGACAUUAUUAA